GCGUACCACGUGGUCGGGCAGUCAGGCGCUUUCCUGGAACCCGUCAGGAAGAAGCAAAACAAAACAAACCGAGCGAGCUGCAGCAGCGUGUGGACUCCAUUGAAGAAGUGGGCCUGAGUAUCUCCGGCAACGGGAGACGACGCGAGGUCCGAGGCGUGGAGGGACGCCUGUGGGGGGGCGUAGUCGAGACUUAAAGCAAACAGAGAACCACAGCAGACCAGACCAGACCAAGUUGAAUCAAGUAACUGAAGUCUUCUCCCCUAUUCCCUUCCCCCCAGCCCGAAGGUUGCAUCCACCAGCAAUCUGAGAUUAUCGCCCUCAGCGGUAAUUUAUUGUGCCGAUCAGACAACCUCACACCACUGGGACUGGACAGGAGUCCCAGAGGUUACACCCACUGGAUCCCUAGGCUGUUUCUGGCAAUGCCGCAGCCUAGCAUCAUUGGGAUGGAGCCUCCCUUUGCAGACGCAUUUCAAAACUACUCGUUUGCUGACCAGGUGCUGACCAGCACUGAUCUGCUCUCUACCAGUUCUGACCCAGAUUUCAUGUAUGAAAUGGACCGAGACAUGACCCACAGGCAGAGCCCCUGUGGGGACAGCAUGGUGGGUAUCGGCGAUGGUGGAAAGGAGAUGGAGGGCUGCGUCGAUCAGCUCAUGGGUAUGGCCGAGUGUGACACGGUCGACAGCACCCCGGCGUUCGAACAGUGGGACUCCUACUGGGAGGACCUCACCAGAUACACACGGCUGGCCAGCUGUGACAUCUGGGGGAACAAAGAGGUGGAUUUCCUUGGAUUGGAUGACUUUACCAGUCCCUACCAGGAUGAGGAUGUGAUCAGUCAAACCCCGACACUGGCUCAGCUCAACAGCGAAGAUUCCCUGCCCGUGUGUGAGGCCCUCUACCCCCCUGCUGAUAUGACCCUGCCUUCCCCUCUGCCUCCACUUCAACCAUCCCAGUUUCCAGGUCACAGUAAGAGACCCCUGUUCCCCGGCAAAGGAUCUGGCCCAGGACCUGCACGGCCCUCCCCAAGUUCUUCAUGCCGUCCUUCUCGCAGUUUUGUCCCAGACUUCCCUGAAAGUUCCAAAAAAGCCACCCGACCUGUCCCCUCCAGCACUGAGACUAUGGCUAAGACCCAGAGCCAGCUCAGUCUCACCCAGAACCAAGCUGAAAGAGAGAUCCAGGGCAGAGGAGCCAAGAUGGCCGCCCACACUUCCCAUGGCUCUGUCUUUGUGCGGAAGGCUAAAGUCCGUGUUAGCCCAGUGGAUAAAGCUCAGCCCAACCUGCCCUCCAAGACUGAUUUUCAGAUGUCAGAUGUGCCUCCACCUCUCUCCCAGCCCAAAGAAGAAAAGGCUUCCACUUCAUCUAGUGCCGCUGCAGUGGGAUGUCCUGAUGCAGCAGCCGGUAGCUCCAGCAGCCUGACGGGCUUUGAGAAGGGUGAAGAGGGGACCGGGAGGAGAGAGAUGCCUGUAGGCUGGUCUGCCACUGUGCCUCAACUCGUGGAGACGAGUCAGGCAAUGGAGGGCACCGCCUCUGGGAUGGAGAGUAUCGCUGGCAGUGUGGCAGGUGCUAGCGGUGGCGUCCUGGUUGCCGAGGCGACGGAGAAGAGCAAGGAGGAGGAGCACAACUACUCCCUUUUCCUGACCCGCAGCAGGCUGGCCGGCAAAACCCCCCUCCCAGAGGAGGACGAGGAAGAGGAGGAUGAGGAAGAAGCGGAUGAGGAGGAGGAAGGCGACGGACUGGAUCUAGAUGACGAAGACCAUGAUGAAGGUUUUGGCAGCGAGCAUGAGCUUUCUGAGAAUGACGAGGAGGAGGAAGAAGAGGAAGAGGAGGAGGAGGAGGAGGAGGAUGAAGAUUACGAAGCAGACAAAGACGAUGAUAUGAGUGACACCUUCUCUGAGCCAGGCUGUGACAUGGACGUGUCGGAUGAUACUAAAGGCGUGACAGCUGGAGUCUCCAGCCGGAAGAGAAGCAGGCGCCGCUACUUCUGGGAGUACAGCGAACAGGUCACCCCCUCCAAACAGGAACGCAUGCUUAAGCCGUCUGAGUGGGACAGACACACGCUGCCUAGCAACCUGUACCAGAAGAACGGGCCUCUCCAUGGAAAAUACAUGCUGAAGAAGUCACGUCGCACAGAUGUGGAAGACCUGACUCCCAAUCCACGUAAGUUGCUGCAGAUCGGCACCGAGCUCCGCAAACUGAACAAGGUGAUCAGCGACUUGACGCCCGUGAGCGAGCUGCCGCUGACUGCACGACCCCGGUCCCGCAAGGAGAAGAACAAGCUGGCGUCCAGAGCUUGUCGUCUGAAGAAGAAAGCCCAGUAUGAAGCAAACAAGGUGAAGCUCUGGGGACUCAGCACGGAAUAUGAUCGGCUGCUCUUCGUGAUCAAUACCAUCAAGGAGGAGAUAGUGGUGCGAGUGGAGGACUCUACUCCUCGUACAACCAACAUGACAGACACCCUGGAGCGGCUCAUCCAGGAGACACUUGUGGCAUCCCCAGUUGCCGGGCAGACGUCAGAAUUUGUCAACAAGAUCUUGGAGAACACCGGACGCGGCGAUCCCACCGGCGGACUGGUUGGCCUGCGAGUUCCCACCUCCAAAAUCUAGACAAACCGCCGUCCACUGAGAGGAGUGGGCUUAAUAUUACCACCGUGCUGUCCCAUUGUAACUAUGCUCCCCUCUGCAUGCCCCUCCAACCCCGCGCACAUACACAUUGUUAGUCACACAAACACACAUACAUCUCCCUGUGUGUGUGUAUGUAUGUGUGCUUGUUUAAAGCCAUGCACAUGUAUGGCCUACACCGUAGCUUUCUGUCUCUGCAAACUGCAUGCAGAGUCACUGUCUCCCAACCCAUCGUGAGCAUCUGUUGGGAAACGCGCCUCUAAAAGCAAAGGAUGGUUUGGUGUAUAGCUAACAGCACGUCCUAAAUCCACUGGUGAUUAUUAGAUGUGUUUAACAUAACAUUGUUUCGAGGUGGUUCUGUUGGAGGUCCGCUUCCAACGCUGAGACAGACAGUCACCCGAGUGCAACUACUGGAAAACUUUCACACAGUCUGUUUGAGAUUGUUAUGACGGAGGAAGAACCGUUGAACAUUGGACCCCAUCAAAGGUUGAAAAGGUUCCAGGUCUCUUUUCCUAGAAGAGCUUCGCUUCACAUGGCAACAAAAUUGAACUUCGUGAUGUGAACUCAACCCACUGAGUUAAAGCACUUUGAUGAAAAUGGCUCUGAAUGCCAAGACAGCUGCUGAAAAAAUACGGCAGCACGCUUGUUACAGGGUGGCAAGUUAUAUUUUGUAUUGAAGGCCUAAAUAUGUUCAUGCCAUGCCCUGUUUGCCAAUCAGCUCAUUGAAAUUAAUGUUCCAAAAAAAAGUUGAAUCUUAGGAAUUGAGUAACAUCCUGCUGGGGUGGAGUUUGUUGCAGGCAGGAGGAAGCUUAAUGGCUCAUUAUCUGGACAGGAGGUUUUUUGACCAUGUGGAGAGGAAGCGCAUGUAGUUUGGUGCUUUUUGACCUUGUGCUAGUUUUAACUGGACUGAGUGAAACGGGAGCGUUUUGCCAGUAUGGGAGUGGACUGUGAGGAAGAUCCUGGUGGUGAUGAAGAAGACAUUAGCAGUGAUCCAUCUCCUCAAAGAGUCAUACACAGGUGUACAUAGAAGUGUCUCCCAGUGAAAAACGGCACCGGCUCCACUUUUUGUACAGUAGAGUUGACCAGGCUAACAGUUUGGUGUGUUCAUACUAGUGUUUGAUCAAAGUUCUAUUCAUUGUGCCUUGUUUAUGUAUGUAUGUGUGUGUAUGUUUCUGUACGUCUGAGUGCGUAUGUGAGAGAGACUGAACGAGAAGAGGCGAUUGCUCAGAACUCCCCGAGGUCCAGUCAAGGAGAGGACUACUUUACCCUGAGGGAGGAUGUCAGUGAAUGUUAGGAGGGGGACACCUGUGGGGUUAUGGUGUAUUUCAGUUGUUUAAAGAUGUUCUGAAUGUAUAUAAAACAAAUGGAAGCUCUCGUUGCUGGAUGCCACAGAGUCUGUGUAUAUAAGGAGGGCUCUGCAAUAGAAUACUUAUGGUUUUUGGUACUUUGUCUUUUUUGGGGGGAGGGGCAGGGUUAACGAAUAUUUUUCGUUAAGAGUUACAAAAAAUAUUUGCACACUAUAUUUUGAUUGUUUUUUGUACCAAAGACACAUGCAACGAACCGGCGACCAGCCUGUUAAAGUAAGGUUUUGCACAGCUUACCUGACGCCGUAUUGAAUGUAAGAAAUGUGGGAGGGUCAGGGAACUUCAUAGAACUGUGAAAUUAGCUUGGGUCCAAUUCUGUACAGAAAAGGAACAUUCAUUUUUUUUUUCUAACAUUUUUACCCUAUUUGUGGGCUUCUCCAGAAAAUGUGUUGCCUAAGCACUUCAUUCCUGAACUGAUUCCUCUCUCCACAUGCGAAUUGUGUUGACAGCUCUACCUAGGACAAGAACCAAGAGCACUAGUUGAUAAGCUAUGUUACAUUUUAUGAUUGUUUGUUAAAAUUUCACCAACAAUAACCAAAAUGUUCUCUUUCUUUAUUACUUGUUCAAGAAACUGUUUGUAGAUGAGGACUAGUUCUUCAACAAAAUAAUAACUGAAUUGUGUUUUAAAGUACUGUAUUUAAAAAAACAUAAAUGAUAUACCUUUCAAAGGUGAGAUGCCACUUUUCAUGACACCUGAUUAAAUUUCUUAGCAUGACACAUUUCUAUAGCCCAUUCUUGCAUUAGAAACUUAGAGGAAAAACUGAAAAACCAAAAAAAAAAGGUUCUUGUUAUAUUUUUGUAAUUUUAGCUGCCUGCUAGCUUUCCUGACAGUGGGGAACUAUUUGUUUUGUCAGAUUCUCCAAGUGGAGAGAGGGAGAUGUGGAAUACAGAGGAUUGGAUUAAUUUAAAACACAACGCGCCAAGCAAUGGUCUAGUUUAAAGUCUGGUCUAUUAAGAGAAUGAGGACAGGCUGUCUUUAGCGCAGACAGGGACAUGUCCAAGAAACUCAGAGGAUAGCAGUGUGGAGAUGGGAGGGCAGUAUUGUCAUAGAUGCUAUAACAUAGACUGUAUAUAAAGAUGGACGAAGUCUACAUCUCUUCCUGCUGUACAAAAAUGAAGCCAAAAUACCCCUGGUAUGGUUGCUGGCGUCUUUUGACAUCCUAUACAAAGGUUCUGUUGAUACACACGCUCAACCAAAAGCAAGUGAGUCUCAGCUGUCAACCAAUGAUAUCUCACUGCUUGUAACAUAAAAUAACUAAUUAAAACCAAACUAACUUGUAAACUACCUAAAAUGACAGAAAGCGUCUGAGAGAAAAAUGUAUUUCCCAUGCCCUUUUUAGUUGGGUCCAUUUCCCAUCCACUAACAUGGUGGAGGCAUGGUUAAUAUCCUGUACUGCAGCCAGCCACCAGGGGAUCGAUCAAGAAGUUUUUGGCUUCACUUUUGGGGAGCCGUCCAUCUUUAUUUACUUUCUCUCUGUUGUAAAUACGACAAAGCCCUUUCUGUCCCAGACUUAUCUGGAUUCAACACUGUGCGUUGUUUUUUAGAUUUUCAGACGUAUUCCCUCUUUAACCGUGAAGCUGGUUGAAUUCUGCAUUUCCUGGUCGUGACAUUUCUUCCUCUGAGGUUGAACCGCUCAGUUUUUAUAUCUGCCUGGCCUCGCCUUCAGUUCCCAGCAUACGUUCGCUCAUCAAAUCUCAAGUCACAAAAGUUUCAGGCCACAAAAAGGCAGCGUGUCCCAACCUUUAACAAUGCAUGUCAUGCUUCCCUCCCCGUUGCCUGCUCAGAGGAAACUCUCGCCAUUACCAGGAAGUGCCGUAUUCAACCAGAGUUCAAUAUGUUUGAAAAAUAAGUGCUUGAUAAAUUCAGGUUAGUGCUAGUGAAGAGAGUUCUCCUUCACAUAAUGACGAUGGCAAUGCAGAGCUGUGGUCUUUCUGUACCAUGCGAGUGAAUAACAGGUAGUGCUACACACACAUAUAUAUCUAUAUAUCUAUAUAUAUUUUUACUGUUAUCCAUUUUGUCUAAAAAGGGAGAAAUGGUGCUUUUCAGAAACUAGAGAGACGAGUAUCCAUGAUUCUUAUUCGACUUCUUAGUCUAGUUGUAGCCUAAUGACUUGCUCUCCCCUGCCGUCCAUAGCUAUUUUCUUAGUCGUGAUUCAUUUUUGUAAAUAGACUAUAAGUUAAUAUGUAUCUUAUAAAUGUUAGAUAUAUGUAUAGAAUACUAUAUCUUAUAUGUUUGAAAACAAAAGCACUUUGUCCAAAAAACAAAAAACAAAAAAAAGAAAAGCAUUUUUUUCUUCCAUUUGCUGCUAAAAGGCCUGGUGUGAAUGCUGCAAGUGUACUUGAUGACCACUUGCUAGGAUAGGUCUAUUACCUGAAUUGGCUAGGUCUAUGUACUAGCAGGAGAAUGGAGUGCGGGUGUGGCCUGUCGAGGGUUAGAUCCAAAUGUUUCUGGAGCCGUGUAAUGAUAUGAGAUAUCUUUGCUCGGCUUUGAGAAGCCGGGUGUGUCGAUAGGAUCGAUCUACUUCCUGGUUAGGAGGGACUGUGAGGAUUGUGUUUUUGUGGUCUUAAAAAAAAAAGAAAAAAAAGAGGGUUUUGAUUCCAGGGCCCCUACGUUGAUCCUGAUGCUGACCUCCUUGGCGUCAUGAUUCAUUUUGCCUUCAGUAGAGGUUUCCUAUGGAAAAACUGAUUCUGCUUUGGCUUCCUCUUCAGGGUGAUGUACAGUGUAGACACAUUUCUCCAGAGAGCUAUAUUGUUAUCAUUUGUAAACUGAUUUCUACUUGUGACUUAAUGAGGAGGGGUUGAGCCUGGGGCGGCCAGGAAGAGCUUGUUUGAAAGUAGCUGUUCCUGGCCGCCUCUGGGGAAGUUACUAUAUCACUGUACUGUAUGGCAAGCCAAUUACAAAUGAAGACUCAAUCCGGACACUUAUUGCCUUCUUAAAGAACUUCAGAGACACACAAAUAAAAACAAUAGCAGACGUGUCAGUUACGGAGAGAUGUGCCUGACGUUUCUGACAUGUUCUGCUAAUGUGCGUUCACCAACAACAACAAUAAAACCAUUCAGCCUGAUUGGCUCAAAACAAUCUUGAUUGAAGUAGCAGACAUGGUGAAAUAUGCCUGAAAAAACUACUCGUGCUUUGUUGCGUCCUUUUUUUGGACAAUGUUCCGAGGCAUUUUCUCAGCCGUAAUUUUGCCCGAGUGAAGAAGGGGGUCAAAAGUGAUUAAAGGGCCGCUGGCUGACACUGGCUGGCAAGAACGCCGUGGGCGUUUUAUUGGCGAUCACAAGUCUGGUUCAAGCAGGAGCCCUCACAGGUUUUCACAUUUAACGUGAAAGGUGCAAGCUGUGCAACUUUACAUUCAAACCAGGAGACUCUGUGGCAUUUUAACAGUCAAGGAAAUGAGUGAAUAAAAAAGAUCCACGCCAGUAAAAUGAUUCCUUCUUCUUUUGAUUUUCUGAUGAACCCUUUUCAGUCAAAUAUUAAGCUAAUUGAGUGUGUAACUUUGUGCUACUCUUGUCCAAUAAAAGCUAAGUGGAUCCAUAAAGCUCUUCUUCAGCAAAUCAGGGUAAUAUCGUUCUUCUAUCUGACAUACUGUAAGUGAUGACAUAUACAAACCGAAAGAAAAUAUAUUUAUAUUCCAAUUAUUGUCGCCAUUCUUUACUCUGUACAAAAUAUUGUACCUGUGUGUGUGUGUGUGUUUUCUGACUUAUCAAUGUCAAUCAAUAUGGUGCAACGAUCUUGACACAAAAAAAAACGGCCAACAGACUUGUCACAAGAAUUCACGUUCUCCACUCUAAAACACGUUUUUCUCUCACGAAGGAUCAGACUCUUGAUUUCCAGAUGUGAUCCAGCUGUGGUGUGUCAUGUGGUGCUGAUUGUUUCUCUUUAUCAAAGAAAUGAUCCAAGAACGAAAUUGGCAUCUGUGUAAAGAUCCGACUCACAUUUUCCAUUUGAUGAUUGUCCGAUAGCUGUCAUCAGAGCAGAUUGACUCUGCAGAUUGAUGGCGUGAUUUCCCUGUUGGACCAAUCAGAAGAAGACUCACACUGAUUUUUGCUCACAACCACAACAGACUGAUGAUUUCCGUAUUAUUGAUUUGUGUGAUCGUUAUUGUUAAACGUACCAUUUUCUGUUUUGUAAAAGCCAGACUUCGGGAUUUAACAUCACUGCGAUGAUGGAUCUUUAUUCCCUUUGGCCAAGACAAAAGAUUUUCAAAAUAACCCCCAAAUUAAUACACAAAUGAUUUCCAGUGGAAAUAUUUGGUAAGAAUGAAUUAGAAUUCCAGCGAUAAAUAAUGAAUUAGUAUUUAUUUGGAUUCAAAAAUGAAUAAAAUGAUUUAAUGUAAUGUGCUCUAUCGAGCAUUUAGGCUGGUUUUAUAGCAGAAACUUCAAGGAUUUGGUCUCACCGCCCUGAAGUCCGUUAUCCCACAUAUUCUCCUUGCCUCCCGCAAGCUGUGAUUUCAGGUCCCAGAGUCUGGCUUUGAGGGUUUAGAUUUUUCUUCCGAUGCAUUUCAACUGUGUUGUAUCUUGUUCAAACCCUCGUUGCUUGUAAAAACACCUCAUCUCCAGGUGCAGCGCGCUGACGAGCCUCUGUGUAAAUUCGAUGCAUACAGAAAUGUAAGAUGCAUUUGGAGUAAUGUCUUUUGCAUGAUGAUUUCCUGCAUAGAACCGAGAGAAUCAAGGGAUGUCCGGGGUUCUUGCAGAUUAAGAAAAAACAUGGCCAGUCGGCAAAAAACAUCAUAUUCAUUGUCACGAGGUUGUUGCAUGACUUUUUGCGCUCACUGUACUCUCAGUCGAAUGAUUGAUUUCAAACUUGCUGCUAUUGAAUGAGCACAAAGAGAUUUUUGGUUUAGAUUGUCCACACACUCACCCCUGUUUUUCUUUUUUUCCAUUGAGUUUUCUUCAUGUGAGAGUCAACAGACCAAAAGCGUUACUCACCUUGCUCUUGGUUUUUACAUGAACAAGAGAAAAAAACAACAUUUUGAAUACGAUGCCUGAUGAACCAGGUGCCUUUAUCAAAUAUAUGAGAACACAAAUCGGCACCUGCUGUCGGUCUGGGGGGGUUUCCCUGCAGAAACAAAGGGGCUGGGUUUCCCAAAACCUAAACUUGAAGAAAAACGAAAACCUCACCAAAUUUGUAUAAUAAUCAGCCUUUAAAUGCAGAUAGAAGCUAUUGUCUGCACAGAAAAACUCACCCUGCAUACAUGUUCCCUUUUUGUAAGCGCAGAAGAGCGUAAAUGACAAUGUGUUGAAGUAAAUUUGUGUCGUCUUGGGAAACCUGGUUCUGUUUUUUAACUCUUUCUCUGCCCACUACGCCACGUUCGUGUGUUUCCUGUAUUGGCUGCUGCUGCUAUCACCGCUGGUGUGUGUCCGUGUAGAGAAGAGCAAACUUCCACUGUGUCUGAGGCAGAGGGAGACUCGGGCCUGACUUUUAACUUGUCAAUUACAAGGACAAGUUCUUCUUUGGUGUCGAGGCGGAGCACUGUGCUGCUGCCUCUUGAGACCUUAUCGAGAGGGGGGGUAAAAAAAACAACUAAAAACAACAAACACACAUGACCGAACUUUCCUUUUCUUAACUUUGCUAUAUUGAAGUGCCAGACCCUCCUUGAAGUCAGUGUUGGCACUGAGUCGCUGAGGAUGCGAAUAAAGCGACAAACUGAGCAUGGAGGUAAACUGUGGUGCUAAUCUGUCAGUGGCUGGGUGCUAAGGCUGUGUUAAAAAGCUGUAUUAGCCAUAUUAUUCCUUCUGUUGUCCACUCUGGUCAGUCUCGUGUUUCUGACUGCUGCACUGCUGUACGCUGACAUAGCGAGGUAUAAUUCUGCUGCUGCUUUGCUGUUGAUGUAGACUAGUCUUCUUGUUGUCGGGAUCCAGAAAGAUCGUGAAUGUUGUAUCCUUAUAUAUGGGCGCUGUCCUGCUCGUUUGUCUCAACCUUUUUAUUUUUUAAUUGAGAUUAUAGUUUGAUAUUUAUGCUCUGAGUCUGUCCAAUGUUGCACGUUUGAAUUUGUAUUCCUAAAUUAUAUUUUAUUGCCUUUACCCCUGACCCCAGUGUUGAUGCCAUUUAUUUGAUAUUUAUUUGUUCAGUCCUGUAAAUUAUAGUGUGAGGACACCGUUUGUUUGAACUAGACUUUAUAGCUUUUCCACUGAAGUGGGUUUUUCCAGUCAGAGACUUUACUUGAGACCCACAGACUCAUAUCACAGUCACAGUGAAACAUAAUAUUCCAUUUAAUUACGAUUUUUAAUAAUGCUCUAAGACAAAUUGCUGAACAAAAAACAGAGAAGCAAGUCAAAGCAAAUGAUUUACAUUUUUAAAUGUUGAAAUGAUAUAAUCACACAUUAGAUUAAAAAGCUGAAGGCAACACCAGAUUAGUUUGCAUACAAAACUUAAUGUAAGUCAUUACAUCAAUUUAGAAAAACACCACACAAUCUGGCCUCAGUUAUAUCCGUCUUCUUCCUUCCUGUCCUUCAGUAUCCUAUUAUUUAAGUUUCCUCUGCGCUUUGUUCUGCCCUGACGCAGGUUUAAGGAAACACACAUUUCUGCAGAUUUACAGUUUCAUUGUGACUGCGAGUAACUGACGUCUGUGAAGCUCAUGAAGCGUUCUGGCAUCUGAGGUUUUGAUGCGAUGACAGUUUCUGGCCCUGAACCAGGAUCAGCUAACUGAACCUUCGGGUGCUCCGCAGCCUUUGAGCUCAGGUCAGGGGUCGGCUCGACUACUCUCUCUAACCUAGUUGGGGAAAUUUGAGAAAAGAUUCGAUCGUGACCGUGAGAUCACGUUUUCUAGGGGAAACUUUACCGAGAUGUUUCGCCCUUUCUGAGUUCUUUUUAAUUUUUUUUGUUGGUUUCUUCAGAAGGGCUUUGGUCAGCAGUCGUCUCGUCAGGGAGUCCCUGAGAUUAUAGCUGGUGGGCAGAGACCCCUCAACCUCGAGGAGAGGUUCCAUUUCCUCUUCUGCAGACUAAUCUUAUUAAAGCAAAAUGACAACAACAACCCACUCUCGGUGAUAAAAACAAAAGCCCUCUUUCUAUAUUUACACACUUAUCAUCCAACACUGCAAUGAUUUACAUCUCCUUCCAGACUUUGCCAAACUGCAUGGAGCGAGAGACAUUUAUCGAAAGAAGAUAUUUGUCCUGAAACAUUUGUUUCUUUUUUUUUCUUUUCUUUUUUUUUACUUUUGAUAUAAAUGACAGACAGGAAGACGUUUUUAUAGGAAAUCCGGGCCAGUCCAAACAUGUAGAGAAUGUGGGAGGUAUCUGUCACUCUGAGCUCCGCAGCUACAUGCCAUGGUUAUGAUGCUUCUGGUCUUGUAUGGUCACUUGUUUGACUCGAUCAACAGCAUGGGAUCUUUCUGUAAUUAGUCCUGUGUAUGUUCCUCUCACCAGUCUCAGUAGGGUGACUGUACUCCAUUGCUAAGUGCUCUAUAAUAGAUCUCUUGGUGAUUAUAAUUUCAUAACUAAGCAAAACCUGCAGAAAGUGUAUCCUGCUGAAACUAACUUGAUCCUCUCUUUAGCGAUGACGUCUAUAUUUGUAGUUCACAUAUAUGCCUGUUCUAUUACAAUAUCUUGACAAUUGUUAUAUUUAUGUUGUGUAAUAAAUGUCGUGCUGGGUUUAUACUUUUGUUCUUACUAACUUUUUUUUGAAUUUUUUUUCUCUGAGGCACAAUGGGUGGCUUUAUGCACAAGCAUGAAAAUGUAAAAGACGUUUAUUUUUAUUUCCUCCAAUCUUUUUGUUUGUACUGUAACGACUGGUUCUUUUUCAGAGCUUCUGACAGGUUUUGUCUCCGGCUGCUCCACAUCCUGCAGACAUCUGCCCUGAAUCUCUGUUGUGUUUAUUGUGCCUCUUUUUGUUUUCUUUUGUUCUUUUGAAAUCAUUCUUUCUCUGUUGUAUCAGGAGUUGGUACCACAACUUUGCUUGUAACCACAAUAGUCUGAUUAUGUUGAUUGAUUUUAAUAUCAAAACAAUAAAAAACAUUAGCACCCCA